GAUGCUGCAGGGGGACCCCCUUCAGAGCCGGCAGGGCAUGGACGGGGCCGGGGCUGCAGGACCCCUGCUCCGCUGCGCGCCCUCUCGGCCUCAGUGGGCCCCCGGGCAGAGGGUGGAGGGUCGGGACAGGCUGCGGGGACAGGACCCCAGGGCUAAGGGGCGCAAAGGGAGGGUGCCCUGGGGAGCGGGGUCCCCACCCCCACUCAGCCCCUCCCUGCUCUCUGCAAAGCUGACCCCACGGACCCUAGGGCGCGGGGGCGGGGCUGAAGGGCGCGGGGGCGGGGCCCUCGGUGGGGUGGAAACCCCCUACCUGCCGCCCUCAGCUCCCCAGCCCUGGGCCCUGCAGGAAGGAGGGCUGAGGCCAGGGGACAGGUGGCCCCACCAUGAGCCUCUCUAAGACAGAGGACUCCGAGCCGCCGCUCAGGUUCGUGAACAGCAGAGACGAGAUCACAGCCCAGAGACCCAGCGCAGCCGCCCGUGGGCACCAGGUCCCAGCCCCCACGCCUGACCAGGCCCUUGACCCACAGGGGACGAGUAUGACGGAACCCAGAGGGUGCAGAUGAGCUGCGGGCACGGCGUGGACCCCGGCAGUCUGACGGCCUGGUGCCGCAGCCUCAUCGACCAGGACAGAGACCCCCAGACGUGCCCUGUGUCCUGCCGUCCUUCCCAGGGCCGCUUCAAGCUCCACUGCCCUGCCGAUGUCAACGGGGGCAAGUGUGGGGCCGAGUGGUCCUACCCGGAGGUGCGCCGCUGUGCCCUGCUGGACGACGCAGAGCAGGGAGAGUUUGAGCGGAAACUGGCCCUGACUGCGGCGAGACUCUACUGUGACUUUAAGGAGUGCCCGAGCUGCAAGAGCCUGGUGGAGCGCAAGGACCUGAGCCACCUCCGGGUGCUGUGCACGAUCUGCUCCGCCUCGCAGGGGAAGACCUACGAGUUCUGCUGGCAGUGCCUGCGGGCCUGGAAGGGGUCGGGCACGCCCUCUGACCACUGCGCCAACCAGGGCUGCACGGACCCCAACCUGCAGGUCCUGGCCACCUGUGUCACCAAGGACCUCCCUGGCAGCGAGAUCCGAGGCUGCCCGUCCACCCGGGCCUGCCCCACCUGCGGGCUGCUCAUCGAGCACAAGGACAAGUGCAAGUACGUGCUGUGCGCCCGCUGCCACGUGGAGUUCUGCUUCGCCUGCCUGGACGCGGCGUCCACCUGCAAGGCCGCCAAGGGUGGGGCCUGGUACCAGUGGUGCGCCAAGCCCCUGGCCCCACGGCAGACCCGCAUCCCCGUGUGGAGCCGCAAGGACUGACCCACGGUGGGGCAGGGGCUGGAGAGGGAGGUGACAAACCGCACUCCUGAGGGUCAGCCCUGGAGGCCGGGGUGGGGGGGCCUGGCCAUUGUGAUGUCCUGACCGCCCACUCCUCUGUGCUACUCCCCUCCUCUGUGCACAUGACCGUUUUGGAAACCCA